AUGUCCAUCCUUGUCUUGGAGCAAGCCGAUGCCGUUCACCUGACACGGGCUAAGUGGCCUGGCUCCGGGAAAUUCAUCGAUCGCUUUCAUGAUAAGCCAUCCACAAGGUUGGAUGUAGGCAGAUGGACAGUAUGGGCAGUGGGCAACGUACUCCACGGUGGAUCAGGAGUGAAAGUUUACAAACGAGACAGCAGGAUCGCUGGUGGUCUCAUCCUAUCGAAAGCUCCACAACGCGACUCUCGUCUCAAGUUGAGAGCGUCCCCCGUCUCCAACGUCAUGGCAAUGACUCUCGCGGCUUUGGAAUCCCCAUCCGGACGACCUCAUUCGACUAAGUGGCUAGAUAGGCCAAUAUUUCUCGCUACCCGGUUUCGCUCGAAUGCAGUGGCUGCCGCCGCCAGAGGGCUUGGGAACACGUAUGGCGCAAACCAGUUCGAUGCUCAAUCUGUUCGCAUGACAUGGCCAGAGGCGCUGGAAUUUAUGAUCAGAUUAGAACUAGCCGCUGAAAUUCUCUUGACUAAUCGAGUUAUCAAUUUACACGUCAUUGAAUAUAGAGAUUGUUCAUUCGUACCUCGGGGGAAAGAUUUCAUCGAUUAUAUACUUCUAGUCCGAGUUCAACAGAAACGAGACGCGCAGGGCGAGCCCGAGACACUUCAGUGGAUCGUUCAUGACCUAAUAAGGGUUGAGAAUCAGAUAGAAGAGGUCUCGGGGUCUGCUGGUCGCGCAUCUAGAAAGGCGAAGUAUCCUGACCCCUGCAUACCCAGGUCCCGCGCAUUGAGAAUCGAUGACCAGUGGAGUGAGCAGAAAGAUGUCCUGAUUGGUGCGCCGUGA